CUGAGUUUAUUUUAUCAGUCUUUUCUUGAUAUUUUCAUAAAUAUUUUGUUCUUGUUGUCAAAAAUGAUGGGGUUCUUGAGACAAUGCAAGCCCACUAUUACAUUUUCUUGUGUUUCUAAGAACUUGUUAAGGUUUCCAGGGUUUCAAUCAGCUGGUGUAGGAACAGUAAACCAGCUCACUGCUUGUAACAGUUCUGUUGUUUCGAAAAGCUUGUUGGGGUUUAAGUCUAGUUCAGUAUGGUUGGGUAGCUCCUGUGGUUCUGAAAACUUGUCGGGGUUGGGUUUUAGUGAGAAUUUAGGCUACCCAUUUGGUCAUUUUGUUGGAAUCAGGCAGUAUUGUGUUGAUAGGAAUCCUGUUGUUAAGUUCAAGACCGCGCCCUCUGUCAAGUAUUUGGGUCAUCUUACAAGGUUCUGUGGGAGAUUGGAGAGUGUGCCUUAUACGAAACAAACCCUGUUUGUGAUUCCUCUGUUUGAUAAGAUUUAUAGGGUUUUAGGUAGUGAUGGCUUUGUUGAGGAGGGGUUUCCUGAUACUCACCCGCAUUGCAUUCGGGUUAGAAUGAUUGCGAAGAAGUUGUUGAAGGUUUUAGAAAGGGAGGAUGGGAAACUCCACAUACUAGAUGGGGAAGAAUGGCCUGAAGAUUUGUGGGUUAGGGACUGGGAGGUUUUAGUCCGAAAUCAUCCUGAUGUUCAUGCUUGGUAUACACGGACUGGGAGGCUACUCAUAGCCUCAGCAUGUGUAAUUACUACAAAACAGAUGCAGAGGUUGCAUUCUCAAUUGCGCAUCUGAUGGGGCAUGUUGUUGCUCGCCACUCACUGAGAGAGAUGAUAUUCAAUUUUAUUCCAUUUACGCUGUUCUAUUUAGUGAAACAUGGAGAUUCCCAAGUUCUUAUUAUCAGCUGAGGUUCGACAUGACAUGCUUAAUAGCAUUAGCAUCUCUUUUUUUUCUUUUCUUUUUUCUGUUACAACUUAUUUGGUAGUGUUGAUUUCAUAUUAGUGCUGCUAUAAAGUGUCGUGUUAUCAACGCAAUGUUGAUUUAUGCUGGUUAUUGGAUCCAUUCAAGAUGUUGUAAUGCUUGCAAGUAUAUGUCGCGCUGAAUGUACAACUUAUCAUCUUUUUUUUUUCUUUUCUUUUCCCCUCUCUGCAACUCAUGUGCAAUUUGUAUUCGUUGGUCAGAAUGUUAAUCAUUACUGAUAUAUACUUAUGGUUGUUAUGAGAAAUUAAUGCUAGUAAGAUUCAAGAAUCCUGGAACUUCGGUUACGUUCAACAGAGAUCUAUGAUUCACAUUGAUAAAUAUAACUUCAGAAUUUCCGUAUUGAGUAU